AUUCGAGGGCAAGUGGCUGCCCGUGACCAACCGUCGCCAUCCCCCCCUGCCCCCUAUCGACCCCCUUCCGCCUGCUUCUCCCUCUCCCUCGCACUUUCUCCGUCGCACCCACCCAACCCAGCCACCUGCCUGUCGCCCUUCCCUUGCCCGUAUCGCGGUCCGCACGAGACACCAUGAGAGGCGGUCGUCGUUCGGGCGGCCGGUCGCGGUCGCGGUCGCGGUCACGGUCGCGGUCGAGCUCGCGCAGCAGCAGCAGCAGCCGUCAUCGCGCCAGGGCCCGGACCCGGCGCAGGUAUUACGCCUCGCGGCCACGCUCCUACCACUACUCCCAUCAGACCCCGAAAACGCCGGGUACCUUCCCGUCCGGCUGUCGGCGCUUCUGCACAGCCAUCUGGUGCUGCAAGGCUCAUGUUGCUGACCUGCGUCCGAACUACCAGAAGCGCUAUUUCACCAUCUGCUCGCUGGCCUUCUGGUGGGGGGCCGUGGUGGCCCUGGUGGGGAUGAUCAUCUGCGUGUCCAUGAUCCCGCUGUAUAAGACCAAGAACCGGUCCUUGCCGCCCGACACCGUGCACCGGAUCCUGGUGGACCCCUUCUUCUUCGAGGGGUUCACUCCGUCCGUCAUGUCGGACACCGACAUGUACAUCGUCCCCAAUGGGGCGAGCCUCCAGCGACACAGCACCAUCACCGGUGACUUGGUCGCCCAGUUUGACGGCCCCCUCGCGGACCACUACCGCGCCAUCGAGAUGUUCCUGCCGGCCAAGAGUGAGGUGACUUUCAUCGCUUCGGGGACCGUGCCGUACGGGUGCCGGAUGUCCUUCCUCGUCAUCCAGGGAACCCAGAACUUCAGCGAUUGGGAAUAUGGCGAUGUCGUGCCCCAAAUCAAUAGCGGGUCCUUCAACGCCGACACCGUUGUCACUGGCUCCAUGACCGUUGGCCAGGGUGAUACUUUCUUCUUCAUCCUUUACAAUGACAAUAUCAGCGGUUGCGGCAGCGGGCUGUCCCAAAUCCAGUUGAGCUCCCGCCAGCCGGCCUACCGGCUGAGCCCUGCCCACCGGUCCACCGGUCAAUAUUACUCGCUGGCCGGCACGACUAGCCACACGGCCAUCCUCUUCCACACGUCCUCGGCCCCGGAGUACCACGCGGCUCGGGUUGUCUAUGACCGGAAGGGCGUCCUGGUGAGCCUCUUCCUGUACCUCGGCAUGGGCCUUGCGCCAUCCAUCGCCCUUGUGGCCCUGAUCGCCAAUUACAUGGUAUACCGGGUCAAGCACCGCCGCUACCUGUAUGGGGCCAAGAUCCUGAACAUGGCUGCCAUGCCGGCGGACAUCCUGCCCCCGCCGCUGCCGGAAACCUUCCCCCCUGCGCCGGAGGGCUUUGUCUUCACUCCGCCGGCUGUGGGACCUGAUGCUGCGGCCGCCGGUGGCAAUGCCGGUGGAGGACCCGGCAUGGUCGAUCCGACCACGGGAGCGGCUGCCCCGGUGUUCCCUCCCCCGGGCGAGCCGUCGGUGGCCAUGCCGCAGCCCCCGGUCCCGAGUUCAAGCGCGGAUCUCCCCCCGCCACCUGACUACCAUGCCUCGGCGGCGCAUCAGCCCCCGGCCUACGUGCCGUACGCGACCAAUUUCUCGGCAGACCCUCCCGCCAGUGCUCCGCCCCCGGCGGCCGAGUGGUCGAAGAUGUGAUGCGGCGCCCGACAUGUGGGCAUACCUCCGCCGAGUGGCAUGCCCCCCCCCCACCCCACCCCGGACGGGUCAUACACACACACACACGCACCCGGAAAUGCAUGAUCUCCAAAGGCA